AUGCACCCGCGGCCGCGGAUUCGAUCCAGCCAACACAUCGAGCUUGUCUUCAAUCACCAGUUCUACGAUGUGGCCGAUCGCGAACCACUCCCACUGGGUCCGCUAGCUUCGCUGGGACCCAUCCGCACCGCACGUCGUCCGCGCCCGUCUCCGUAUCCUCAUGUCCACUCCCGGCGGACCUCGGCGUCUCCUGUCACCUCCCGCCAGACAUCGCCUUCGUCCGUCGAACCAGAUCGCGCGAUGUCGCCAGUCGCGCUACACAACCGCGCAUCCAUCUCCGACCUCGACUACGCGGAAGACUCGGACGACAAUGAUGGUCUAUCUCAAGGACGCGCGAUCGGCCGACAACCUUAUGUUCUGCUGCGACCAGAAAUCUCUCUCGAUAGCAGCUCCGAUGACUGGCUGGAACAUGCUGACAACCGCUUGCGCGACGACGGUCAUGCCGCCGAUGCUGCUCCUGCCACUGCAGCCUCGUUCAACGAAAAGCAACAGCCGAGUACUCGGACUGCGCGCAGGUCGCCCCAGGCGUCUUCCGUGGACUGUGCCCAGCCUGCCUCAACAGCGCGGGACCGCGCCUCCUCGAGGGCGCGAGAUCACGCUCCUUUGACAACGCGGACCCGCUCUUCCUCGGGGGCGCGAGAUCGCGUGCCCCCCUCCGCGCAGGAGCUGGCUUCCUCCACGGCGCGGACUGGUUCACCGCAACCGCGAGUCCCUCUACUGCAUGUCGUGCCGGAGGCCGGCAGCACCAAGAUCCCAAAGCCGCCUGGCGCCCCUGGACGAUCCGAGAAUGGCGAAUAUGAUCUCGAAGAAGAACUUGGCUGGUCUCUGAGCAAGUAUCGCGACGUGAUGGGCACCAUAAACGAGCUUGUCGAGAAGCAUCUGCAGUGUGACAAGUCCAUUACCAAGCAGCUUCCCGAGCGCUACUCUGCUUUCGAGGCCCAGGCCACAGCACGCUACCCGGAACUCGAUGACUACGAAGAUCGAUGGCCCGUCCGUGCUUUUGCAGUCAACCAUCUACGCUACCUGCAGAAUAACCCGAAGCGCGUCACCCGCAAACGUCCUGCUCGCAUCUGA